GCUCAUGCGGCGGGGUCAGAGUGAAUGAUGGCGGUCCCGGCCUCGCGUCUUGAACUCUUCCGUGGGAUCGGCCUGAGCGAGCAGAAAGCCAAAGAAACCCUGAGGAACCAGGCGCUGUGCGGCCUCCUCAUUCAGGCCAUCGAGCAGGCACAAGAAAUUUUGGGUUCUACACCAGACAAGGCAACAGGCACACUCCUGUAUAAUGCAGCCACUCGACUCAAGGACCAGACUCAUCUGGGCUUCCUGGUCAAGUACAUUGCAAAGAAGGAAGUGACCUCAGACCUGCAGCUCAAUGCUUCUCUCAAUUACAUUAAAAACCAUCAGCUGGGUCCAAUCGACAGUGCAGAUUUUGAGAGAGAAUGUGGAAUUGGAGUGGUGGUGACACCGGAGCAGAUUGAGGAAGUGGUUGAAGCAGCAGUCAACAAGUACAGAAACCAGCUCAUGUUGGACCGAUACCACUUUAACAUGGGAUUAUUAAUGAGUGAAGUGAGAAAUAAACUGAAGUGGGCAGAUGGGAAAAUUAUCAAAAAUGAAGUGGAUCUCCAGGUUUUGAAUUUACUGGGUCCAAAGACUGAAGCUGACCUGGAAAAGAAGACGAAGGCUCCAAAGCAAAAGACACAAAAAGUGGCAAUAGAGAGCACAGAAUCAUCAACCAUUAAUGGUGAAGUGGAGGCGCAGUCUGCCUCUCUCAUGGAACAGCUGCGUGGAGAGGCAAUGAAGUUUCACAAACCUGGUGAAAAUUUUAAGACAGAGGGUUACGUUGUCACUGCAAACACUAUGGACUUAUUGCAGAAACAUCUGGAAAUUACAGGAGGCCAGGUACGAACACGGUUUCCACCAGAACCCAAUGGUAUUCUCCAUAUUGGCCAUGCAAAGGCCAUCAACUUCAACUUCGGCUAUGCUAAGGCAAAUGAUGGAAUCUGCUUCCUUCGCUAUGAUGACACAAACCCAGAAAAAGAGGAGGAGAAAUAUUUCCGAGGCAUCAAGGACAUGGUGGAAUGGUUGGGUUACAAGCCUUUUGCUGUGACCCAUGCUUCUGACUAUUUUGACCAGCUGUAUGAUUGGGCAAUGGAACUCAUUAAAAGGGGUCAGGCAUAUGCAUGUCAUCAGAAAGUGGAUGAGAUCAAGGGAUACAACCCACCCCCAUCUCCAUGGAGAGAUCGGCCUGUUGAAGAGUCUGUCAUUCUCUUUGAGGAAAUGCGAAAAGGGAUGUUUGCAGAGGGAGAGGUAAUUCUUCGAAUGAAGCUGAUUAUGGAAGAUGGCAAGAUGGAUCCAGUGGCUUACAGAAUCAAAUACACGCCGCACCAUCGUACGGGAGAUGGCUGGUGUAUCUAUCCCACGUAUGACUACACACAUUGUUUAUGUGACUCCAUCGAACACAUCACGCAUUCACUUUGUACCAAGGAAUUCCAGGCUCGACGGUCCUCCUACUACUGGCUGUGUAAUGCUCUGGACCUUUACUGCCCUGUGCAGUGGGAAUAUGGACGGCUGAAUCUACACUAUACAGUGGUAUCAAAGAGAAAGAUUAUCAAGCUGGUAGAGACUGGCAUCGUAAGGGACUGGGACGAUCCCCGUUUGUUUACACUGACUGCCCUUCGUAGGAGAGGCUUCCCUCCAGAGGCAAUCAACAACUUCUGUACCAAGGUUGGGGUAACAGUUGCCCAGACAACAAUGGAGCCUCACCUGCUGGAGUCAUGUGUACGAGAUGUUCUCAAUGAGACAGCACCUCGGGCAAUGGCUGUUCUUGAGCCACUGAAAGUGAUCAUUACAAACUUCCCAUCCAACCAGCCACUGGAAAUCUCUGUUCCAGAUUUCCCAGCAGAUGAAAGUAAGGGAUUUCACACCGUGCUGAUCACGUCCACCAUCUACAUCGAGCAAUCUGAUUUCCGGGAGGUGACUGAGAAGGGUUAUAAACGACUGACCCCUCAGCAAUCAGUUGGACUGCGACAUGCUGGCUUCGUCAUCUCAGUGCAGAGAGUUAUCAAGAAUAAGAAUGGGAAAGUGGUUGAGUUGGAGGCAACUGGUGUGAAAUCGGAGACAGCUGAGAAACCAAAGGCCUUUAUUCACUGGGUGUCGAGUCCUCUAAUCUGUGAACUACGACUUUAUGACAGACUCUUCCUCCAUAAAUGUCCUGAGGACCCCAGUGAGGUACCCGGAGGCUUCCUGAGUGAUAUUAACCCAAACUCUCUGAGGGUUAUUGAAGAUGCAAUGCUGGAUGUAUCUGUAAAAAAUGCCAAGCCAUUCGACAAGUUUCAGUUUGAGCGUGUUGGCUAUUUCUCUGUGGAUCCGGACAGCACUGACCAGAAGUUGGUGUUUAAUAGGACUGUGAUGCUGAAGGAGGAUCCUGGGAAAAUCUGAAGUGCGAUACAUCCUUAUGACAUUUGCGUACCAUCCAGAUAUUUCAAUCUUAUACCAAAAGAUGUGGUGUUUUCCUGGCCUUUCUGCUACCGUUGGGAGUAAUGGAGAAACUCGCCUCUAGUUCCUUGCCCAAAAAAAUUCAAAAUCAAAGUUCAGCGUUCAAGUUGAAGCAGUGACAGAUUUUCUGCUUUCAGAUUAUUCAAAAUUUAAUAAACUUGGGUAAUCAGCCCCCUCCACUCCUGCCCCUGUCGCUGAUGUUGCUGAACCCAGCAGAUUUAGCUCUGGCUGUGAUCUGGAAUGAAACACUGACAGCAAGCUGCAGAAAAAUGAAUCAACUUAAAUCGAUUGGCUGUACGCUGAGGCUUUUAUGAAAACUUAUCAAAGAUAUGGAGAAAUGUAAAGGGACAGUGCUGGAGGUACACAGCGUGUCAGUUAGUCCUGAGAUAGGUUCAUUAUCUUGUCGAGUGUUUGGAACAUUUACUGAUCUUUGGCUGAGCUGAAGUGUGAAGUUCAGAGCCUGUUCUAUGCUCAGCUAUAACCGAGAGCAGCCAGUAUGUUUAUAGGAUCACAGUGCAGUGUGCUGUGGUGACCUCUGUCAGUGCCCCUAAGGAGCUCAGGUAAGAAGGGCACAGUUUACAGUCAGUGACUGGAGUGGCAGCUACAGAUAUUGCUUGGUGUGUAUUGUUUGGACACCUCGGGUAUUUGAAAUAAGUAUUGAGUCACACUUGUCCCAACAUCUACAGUUAAGGGUAAGCUGGAAGAGAGUGCCUUGCACCGUAUCCCAGGAUUGUUCCAUUUAUCUUUUAAACAAAUGUUCUGAUCCUCUUGCAGACAGAGAGCUGAUGAACUCAAUAAGAGUGAAUGAUUGAAGGUCAUUAUUUGAUCCCCUGUGAUAUGCAAUGCUGGUGAAAUGACAUCUGUUUCAUUUGCAGUGGAUUAGAGCACAGAUUUGCCUCAGUGGCAGAGGUACAAUUAAUUAAUGUAAACACUGUGCCUGCCACAGUUCACCCUUCUGGGUGACAUUCACCCUUCUAACCAUGGGCCAUGCCUUAAAACUAGUUUCACUGCUGUGCCAAAACUAAAAUAAUUAUUCCCGUAAAACCCAAGUAAUCAAACUCUUCCUCUCUCUCUUGAUCCCUUUAUUUCCCCCUCUCUUCUUUUGCUGUGGUGCCGUCACCUCUCCCCAGUUCCUUUCUGUUUCUCUGUCCUCCCCUUCUCUCUCGCAUGCGCUCUCUCUGUCUGUCCUCCCUUUCUCUGCCUCUGUCUUUGCACUCCCUGUCUCUCAAUGUGUCCCUCUGUUGGUUUGCUCACUUCCUCCCCCCACUUAGUGCACUCUCGCUCUCUUUCCCCCUCUCUGCUCCUCCACCACCAUCACCACUUCCUGACACGGUUCAACUGCAAGAUAUCAGAACAACAAGAGGAUUCAUUUUGGGCUUUGUACAGGUUUACUGAAAUAAAAAGGAAUUUAAUGGUG